AUGGCGCUCAGUGACCUCAGCAGCCCCGACAUCGAGGAGCGCACCAGCACCCUCUCUUGCCUGCCGACCUCAGCUGCCACGCACCAGUCACUGGACCCCUCUGCUCUCGUGGGCGUGGCGACGGAGACCUGCGACGCCGGCGAUCCUCCGAACGACUCCGUGGCCUCAGAGAGCCCGGGGCUCCAGGCUGGGGCUGACGUCGGUGGCCCGGGGAAAGACCUCGCUUUCCUCAAGGAGGAUCUGGCAGACUUGUCGCCCCAAAUCGGAGAGGCUGAGAGUGCUCAGCGCUCCAGGGACAGCUCCGAGCCGACUGUGCGAUCGCAAAAGCGCCCUCGGGAGGACUCCCAGCCCGACGCACCGGCGAGGAAAAAGCAGCGGCGGCGGGGAAGGAAGGCCAAGUCGGGAGCGAAUCCCGGGAUAUUUUUGCCGUACAGCGACGAUGUCCCACUGCCCAGCAGAGAGCGGAAGCGUGCGGAGAGGAAAGAACGUAACCGCCGCCUUCGCGCAGCCAGAGCUCUAGACGUGUUGCUUUCGGAUACGCGGGACUCAAGAACAUGCUCAUAA